AUGACUGCUCUCCCGGUUGACCUUCCCGCGCGACUCAUGCUUUCCCCUACAAUAAGAGGUGCAUACACCUUCAUUCUGCAAUUCGAAGCGUCUGCGAAAAAUCAUUCCGACCCCAAACAGUUGAUCUACGCCAGGAUUCUCGGAUACCUUAUCCUCGAGGGGCCGUCAGACGAUGCCCGAGAAACUGUUGUGCACGAUAUAGUUUCUUGCAACACAGGAGAAGGAAUGGAUGUCAAGUUGGCAGCCGUUGGGAAGAUGUAUCUCGAUUAUUGCAUUCGUCCGUUCGAGAAAAUUAAGGCUCGGACGUCCACCCCAUUUACACAUUCAUCUCGAUCGUCAUUUGGCACUCGCAAGGAGAUGAUCAAGCGCGCAAUGGAAGAGCCCGCUCGAUCACACCAGCAGGCGAAAACGAAAUAUGACCAUUUUGCUUCCGUCUGGGCGGUCAUGGAGCGGUUCGGCUAUACACGUUUGUAUUCGGAGCUCAACGGCAACCUCGUGAAUCGUCUGGAAAAUGUCUUGACCCUGCAAGCUGAUAUGCAUCACUUGUUUGAUAUCUUAGAGCUCUGGUUUGAGGCCACGGACAAGCCCUACACCUACAAUAUUGUUUCACCGGAUCCAGUGUAUAUCCCGCCGAACGCUAAAAGGACUGUGGUAUUCAAGACGCCAGAUCCAGAGAAACUCCCCCUCCCAUUGCAGCUCUACCUCAACAUCCAUGCUGCGUGCUGCCGGGUGGCCAAUCUGUCCGGAGCGAGCAAGUAUAUUGACAACGUUAUGAGGGAACUCGAAUACGCAAGUGUUCUUUCUAAUGAUGGCGGUUCUGCGGAGCUACUCGAGCACGCGCUCCUUACUUCGGGCCAACAGACCAGAAUGUUCUGA